AUGGAGACUGCCAUCACUGCCCCCCCCACCCCCCCACCCCCACUCCCGCGCUCCGACAGCGGGGUCUGCAGGGACAGGACAGCCCGGGGCUCCCGGGUCCCUCCGAGGGGCUGUGGGCCCGGACACGGGCCUCCCCGCCUGGGCUCCCGGCGCCGCGGGCGGAGGGCGAGGCUGCGCGAGGACCAGCUCCGCGCGGAUCCCUCCCGCGUCGGCCCUGGCACGGCCGCUGCAGCCGGGGCCCCAGGCGGGGCCCGUUCGCCCCGAGACCUCACAGCCGCUGGGACGCGGUCUCUCGCUGAGACCCCGGCCCCUGCAGCGGGGGCGGGGCUCCGAGGGGCGCGGUCCCCGGAGCAGCACGGCGACCCCGAAGCUGCACAGCGGGUGCCCGCGCCUCGCCCAACCGUCCCUCGGCGGUCCCCUGUCUGCAGCCUGAUCGUCUCCGCUUGGUGCGCCCCCGGGAACUCGGGGCUCGCGGAUGAGAAGGACACGACCCUGCCCGCCCCCCGCGCCCCACAGGGACACGGCCGCUUCAGUGUGCAGAGCGGCCAGAAUCCCGCGGGGGGAGCCACGCUUGCAACGCACAGGAGCCCCACGCAGGCCUCCGGCAGCAGGUGUGGGGGCUCCGGACCCGGAAGGACCGAGGGGCAUGGACGGGAGCCGAGGGCUGCGGCUGGAGCUCUCAUUGCCGGUCGGGAAGAGGGCAGCGUGUGCCUAAGGCAGGGCCCGCGGAGGAAGGUUCCAGAGAAAGGCCUUGGUGAGCUGGAGGGCUGCACCUGCCUCACCCGCGCUUCCGCGGUCCCUCCGCCCCGGGAGCAAGAGACGGAGAAGAAAGACCCAGAGCGGGGCGCGGGGCGCUGCCAAGGACGAGCGGCGUCCGCGGGGCGGGGCGGGGCCCCCCCGGGAGAGCCGAUCGAGAAGCACAGGCGGGAGCCCGGCCGGAGCCCCGAGGACGAGGCCCACAUCUUUGACGCCUUCGAUGCUCCCUUUAAAGGUGACGUUGCGGGGGUUCCCGUGUUCGUCCCUUUUCAGAGGAAGAAGCCCUGCGAGUGCGGGGAGUGCGGACGCGUCUUCAAGCACAAGACGGACCUCACCCGCCACCGGCGCGUCCACACGGGCGAGAAGCCCUUCCGCUGCGGCCAGUGCGGGAAGGCCUUCAACUGCGGCUCGAAUCUCCUAAAACAUCAGAAAACUCACACUGGAGAGAAGCCCUACGAGUGCAAGGAAUGCGGGAAAACCUUCGCCUACAGCUCCUGCCUCAUUCGCCACCGGAAGCGGCACCCCAGGAAGAAGCACUGAGCGGAGCUGUCCGCUCAGCACCUCCCGCCGCCGCCCCGCUGUGCUGUCCACUCUGGCUGUGGCGGCGCACCUGCUCCUUCGAGGUCGUUGGUCUGCAGGCUCUUGGCCGGUGGGUCCUGAGCCCGUGCCCACGCAGCCGCAGGAGGCCGGUGGCCCCGAGCCUGAGAGCAGUGCCUCGGCUGGCUGCGGUGACCGUCCUCGGGCUACCAGCCCUUACACUCAGCCCCUGUCCCCGGGAACUGGCCCCCCUGUGUGUCCUCCUGGCCGGCCAUCGUCCCAGAUAAGCUUCCCGGCUUACCCAGACGGGCCACGUGGGACACAGCUCCUCGGGCCUGAGUUGCCACAUGGGUGCUUCCUGCCCGGCCCGGGCUGGGGUCCCGGAUGCUGACGGCAUCUGUGGUCCAGCUGCACCUGCCACACGGGCCUCAGCCACCUGCUGGGUGAACUGCAGGGUGGCCUCCUUUGACCAGGGUCCCAUCAGGAUCCAGGUUGGCCAGGGGGGCGGGGCUGGUGCUGCUGCCCAAACUCCCCUGCGGACCCUGCAGACCUGGUUUCUGAGGCCUGAAGUCACUGUCCCUCCAGGCAAGCACCCAGGGUGCCUCAGCUCCAAUGCAGGCCUGGGUCUUGGCACUGGGGGUGCCCGUGUGGGUUCCAUGCACAGCUCCACGUGUGCCCGGUGUCCCUGCAGCCUUACCCACACGCCAUCCUGGUUCUCUGUUCCCUGUGUCUGUGCCUCUUGGUGUCCGUUUCCUCGUCGGCUUGUGCACUCGGUGCAUUGGCCUCUCCUUCCGUCCCCUGGGGAGAGGUCCGUGCCCACGGACCCCGGGCUCAGUGGCCGUGGCCGUCAGCGCUCACACACUGGUGGCCUUGGGCUGUGGUGGUGCGGACACCAGUCUGGUGCUUCCCACUGUUGACUUAGUAACUCGUCAGAGUGGUCCCUUCACACCCUUGGAGGGCGUUCUCUGCUUCCCGUGGUCGCCUGGCCUAGCGCCCACCUGGUCUCCCAGCAGACGGUGCCACACUGGCUCCUGGUUACUCCACUGCCCUGCACUCGGCCCGAUGCCUCCUGUCCUGGGCUGUUGGCGCCUGUUUUCUCCCGAAAUAAACAUCUGUCCUGACCCCU